AUGUCAUUAUUAGGGGAUGGUACCAAGAAGGGGGAUGUUGAGGUCAUUCCAACCUCAACCUAUGUAGACAUGUGGGACAGUCCUCCUUUGCGAAUGAAUUGUACUUUCCGAUUGAAAAACGAGUGUGAAUAUGGGAUACAAAAUGACGAGAGCGCGGUGCCGUCCGCACGGGCGGAGAAGCCUCCCCUGGAGCAGCUGUACCGGGAGGGCCCGCUGCUGGGGAGCGGCGGCUUCGGCAGCGUUUACGCCGGGACCCGGCUCGCCGACGGCGUCCCGGUGGCCAUCAAGCGAGUGUCCCGGGACCGCGUCUUGGAGUGGGCGCGGCUGCACGACGGCGCCCUUGUGCCCCUGGAGCUGGUGCUGCUCUGGAUGGCGUCGUGGCCCGGCUUCCGCGGCAUCGUGCGGCUCCUGGACUGGUUCGAGCUGCCCGACGGCUUCGCGCUGGUCAUGGAGCGUCCGGAGCGCUGUCAGGACCUCUGGCACCUGCUGCACGCGGGGGGGUUCCUGCCAGAGCCCGUGGCGCGGGCGCUGUUCCGGCAGGUGCUGGGGGCCGUGCGGCACUGCACCAGCCGCGGCGUCCUGCACCGCGACAUCAAGGCCGAGAACGUGCUCGUUGACCUGGCCACCGGCGAGGCGAAGCUCAUCGACUUCGGCUGCGGCACCAUCCUGCAGGACACGUUCUACACCCAGAUGGCCGGAACGCGGGAGUACUACCCACCGGAGUGGAUCCUCUUUGGCCGCUACCAUGGCCAGCCAGCCACCAUCUGGUCCCUGGGCAUCCUGCUCUAUCAGCUGGUGUGCAGGCACCUUCCUUUCAAAAGCAGAGAGGACAUCGUCCGGGGACAGCUCUUCUUCCCGCCCUGGGUGUCUCAAGAGUGCCAGCACCUGAUCAGGUGGUGCUUAUCCAUGGACCCUGCAGACAGGCCAUCCUUGGAUGACCUUUUAGAACAUUCUUGGAUAAACUGCAGUUAUUGCAUGUCCCCGCCCACUAUAGACCCCACGUUGGCCAGUGACUCCACCUCUCAAAUGCGACCAAGCCCUGACGUUUCGUAUUCCAAAGUCACCCAUUUCUCCACAUGA